ACCCGGAAAUGCUUUACUACAGCAUGAGGUGAACGGGGUUUAUUUUGGUACUGAGCACAGGUUUAUAUACUGCGUGUGCCAUGAUAGCCGUCAGAUUAAUCGUGUGUACUUUCUCAAGGACCUGGCGACAUAGAUGUGUUUCUGAGUCUGUCCAGAGCUUCAGACUGUGGACCUGUCGUUCGUGUUCCUCCGUCGCAGGACAUAUUAAUAAUAACAAUAAUAAUAAUCAGCAUAAAGACAUGAGGAUCAUGGAGGAGAUGCUUCGGAGGACUGUGGUUCCGUUACCGAAUUACGAGACGAGAGACAAAUCCCCUCCACCCCCUGACUCCAACAGCCUGGACUUCAUGCACUUCUACAGAAACCUGGGAAAGGAGCAGAGACUGGUGUUCCUUGAAAUACUGUCCAGGGAGUAUGGAGUGGAUCACAGAGGAGCUUCAGAGAUGGCGCGGAAACUGGUCGAUAUACAGUCACGGGACUUGGCUACUAUAUUGCAGGCUGAAGAUAGACUGCGUUACAGUUUAACCCCAAGAUACAAACAUUUACUGAGCCAUGUUAGCAAGGUGGAAGGAGGGGUGAAGUUUCUGGUGGACCUCCGAGCUGAAGUUCUUGACUUUACCUCUAAAGUUACAGACAGCCCGCACUUGAGGGAUCUUAACAGCACUUUGAAGAGCCUCCUGUCCGAGUGGUUCUCUGUCGGGCUUCUCCGGUUAGAGAGAAUCACAUGGCAGUCCCCUUGUGAGCUCCUUCAGAAGAUCAGCCAGUAUGAAGCGGUGCACCCAGUGCGUAACUGGACAGACAUAAAGCGCAGAGUCGGGCCUUACAGACGCUGCUACUCCUUCACACAUGCCUCUAUGCCUGGAGAACCUCUGGUGGUCUUACAUGUAGCCCUCACACAGGACAUAUCAGAUAACAUCCAGAGCAUUGUGAGAGAGUUCACCACACUGGAUGCAGUAGAGGAAGUGGAGAAGAUCAAUACUGCCAUUUUCUACUCCAUCUCCUCCACCCAGGCCGGUCUGCAAGGGGUGGAUCUCGGCAAUUACCUCAUCAAGAGGGUGGUGCGAGAGCUGCAGAGUGAAUUUCCUCACAUGGCUCAGUUCUCCAGCCUCUCUCCUAUCCCUGGUUUUACAUCAUGGCUGCAGGGUUUCCUGGUUCAGUACAGGAAGGACGGCCGUGCCACCGAGCUGCUCUCUGAGCACGAGUGGUCAGAAGUGGAGGAGGCGACAGGAGCAGUUUCCGGUGCUGCUGCCCUCGAUGCCCUACGUACCCUCCUCGCCUCUGGAGACUGGCAUCACUCUGAACGCUUGGUGCGCGCUCUGGAGCCAUUCCUGAUGCGUCUGUGUGCCUGGUAUCUGUAUGGAGAGAAGCGGCGCGGUUAUGCCCUCAACCCCGUCGCCAACUUCCACCUCCAGAACGGCGCGACCUUAUGGAGGCUCAACUGGAACGCCGACACUAGCCCCAGAGGCAUCGCCAACUCGUGCGGCAUCAUGGUCAACUAUCGUUACUUCCUGCAGGAGACUGGCGUCAACAGCAAAGCCUACUUGCACAACAAAGUCAUCACAGCGUCGGAGCAAGUGCUCAGCCUUGUCGCACAGUUCCAGAAGAAUAGCAAACUCUGAACCUAUUAAUCAGAACAGUACAGGUUUGCAUACUGAAGAGUUUAAAAAUGAUAUCUGUUUAAAAAUAUACUUAAAGGAACAGGUUAUAAUUUCGAAGUCCUCUGUUGUUUGGGAGGGGAAUUUCAACUGCAGUUGCAGUAAAAAUGGUCCAGCUUCUCCCAGCUGAGCCUGCUGACUCUGAUCAAUGCUAUGUAUGCCACAUGAGAUGCCUUUUAAGAAAAAGGGGAAGAGCUAAGUAACAGACUGAUAAAACAUGAAGAGCAACUUGAAAUGAAUAAACACACAGGGUCUCCCAAAGGUCUCCAUAGACUUUUUAGCAAAAUGUCUUCCACAAUUUUUCAUACUUUUAUUUAUUUAUUUAUUUAUUUAUUUAUGUAUAUAUAUAAUGUGCAAAAGUACCCUUUGUAUGGAGACUCAUGGGAAACACUGUAUUGCAUGGGGGUAUUGUGAAUCACACUUCAUCAAGCAAGUAGGGAUAUUCAGACAGUGAGUAUUGGUAUCAGGACCAUUUUCUGGCCUGAAGCACCCCAACAAGUUAGCCUAACAGAGUGUGUAUAAAAGGUAUAAAACGGUACAGUAACAUAGGAGCAUAUUGCAAACAACGUUGUUACAUUUUUAACCGUACUACUAGUCUAGAGUGCAAUUGAGUCUUUUUGAACGAAGACACAAGCCAGACACAUCUAUCAGCCGAAGUCUUGCUGUCAUUAAAGGAAAACUCCACCCUAAAACACAUUAAAUAUUUCUAUUGAAGUAUUUGUCACGUGUUUAGCGAUUAUCAUACUGUAUUUUAAUUAUUCCCAUGAGAACUAGUGGUUGUCUAUUGCUGUGACAUUGCAGGCAGACACUGUGAGCACUAUCACAAACUUAAAUAAAUAAAUAAAGAAAGAAAAAUUGCUGUUAGGUCUUAAAAAGAAAAGAGCAAGCACUGCUUCUCUCACUAACCAUUUUCCAGUGACGAUUACGGUCAUAUUAAUGAGAAAUCCACUGUGGAAUUAGUGUAGACAGCAAACAAUGGGAUUCAUAGUUCCAGAAUGCAAUGCGGCUAUUCAAUACAGUUACGACAGAGACAGUUCGCCAUGUACAAGAUGACAAGCACAAUGGCAGUGAUGGCGGUAUUAGCAUGUAAGUUGGCACUUUGGAAUCUUCUCUGUCUGAGUAAAGUGUACAGAUGAGGAGGGUUGAGAGCUGGGCAGACUAAAAGGAUUAAAGCCCUGCCGCAUUGCUGUCUUUAGGUAGAAAUGAGUUCCUACUGGGUCCACUAUUAUCUCGUAGUUGUACGCCAUUGUGGGUAAUGUAGAAGCCGACAUGUUGAGAAGAGUGGGUUCAGGGUGGAUUUUUUUCCUAUAAGUGAGUUAACACAGUAGGCUAAAUAAAAAGUUGCUCUGAAAGCAACCCCAACCCCACGAAGAGUUUGUGUACAUGCAUUCGACCAACACACCACUGAUGGUUCGCCAUAACCUGGCAACAGAAGCUUGCAGAGAGUGAGUUGUGAGGAUAUCAGGAUCAGAUAUGCGCACUUUAAAAAGUCCUAAUGUAUAUAGCGUGCAUGUUUCAUAUCCGGUGUUAUUUAGGCUUGUAAAUGGUUUGCGCUUCAGUUGUAAACACUAGUUAAUGUUUAGAAAAUGAUUUACUUACAGCCCAUAUGUAAAAUGCUUUUCAGUUCAUUCACUCGUUUGAGAUUUUGCUUGUGCUCUUCUUUUCAAUGCACACACGAGUAUUAUUUUGCUGCAGACCUGUUUUGCGGUUUUGAAAGACGAGGAGUAAUGAAGUGAGAAGAAUCUAUCAGACCCUGUCAUGUCCCCACUUCACAAUGUGCAUUAGAGAGAAUGAGGCAGCGCGAGUGGGCGGAGACUGCAUGAAUAAAUGAGACUUUGAUUUCUUUAUUAGCGUGAUGUCCAUUAGUGUGAAAUGCUCACUGCGCAUGUCAUGCCGGCCCUUUUUUGUUGUUGUUGUUUUUUGUCUUGUCCUCAUAUAGCAAGCAAAGUACUGUGGAUAAGUGAACAAUUCAUAAGAAUGUUUUUUUUUUUUUGCUUCAACACAGAUUUAUGUAUAUAUUGAUUCAUCUGUAAUAAACCAUGGUCUGCAAUCA